AUGGCUAAGAGGACCUACGGUUUGGAUCCGUUAUGGUACUAUACGGCUCCCGGAUUGUCCCUGGACGCGGCGUUAAAAUUUACGGGGGUAGAGUUGGACCAGCUUACCGAUCCGGACAUGUACCUUAUGAUCGAAAGAGAUAUCCGCGGUGGAAUAUGUAUGGCUGUGACGAGGUAUGCUAAGGCAAAUAACAUCUACCUAAAGGACUACAAUCCACACAGGAAAAAAAGCUAUUUCCGGUACUGGGACGCUAACAACCUUUACGGUUGUGCUAUGUCAAAGCCUCUUCCCGUCCGAAACUUUAAAUGGAUGACGGAAGACCAGUUCUAAAACUGGCGAGACUAUCCAUGCUUCCUGGAAGUGUAUUUAAAAUAUCCGGAGAGACUGCACGACCUGCACAACGUGGCAAGGUGGACAAGCUGAUCUGCAGCCUAAGUGACAAGGAAAGAUAUGUCGUCCAUCACGAAGCGCUAAAGUUUUACAUCGAUCUUGAACUGGAAAUCACAAAAGUACACCGAGGGAUAACAUUCGAAGAAAAGGACUGGUUAAAACCUUCUAUUGCAAAGAACACGGAGGAACGUAAAAAGGUGACGAGUAAAUCGGAAAAGAAUUUCUUCAAGCUUAUGAACAAUGCGGUAUUCGGUAAGACGAUGGAGAACGUCCGAAACCGUGUGGAUGUGCGGAUGGCCACUUCGAAGAAGCAGAUCAACAAUCUGGCCAGAAAAACAAACUACCAGUCCUUCAACAUCAUCUCUGAAAACCUGACUUCCGUGAGAAUGCGAAAAUCGGUCGUGAUGCUGGACAAACCCAUUUAUUUGGGAGCUGCCAUUUUGGGCUUAUCCAAAAUUGUGAUGUACGACUUUUGGUACAACUACGCAAAGCCCACAUGGGGUGACAGGGUCAAACUGAUUAUGACUGACACAGACAGUUUGUUCGUACACAUUGAGACGGACGAUGUGGAUGCGGACAUCCUUAAAAGAGGUGAUCAUCUCAAGUACUUCGACCACAACAACUACAAGGAGGACCAUCCGAUGUACUUCUGCGACAACAAAAUGGAGCUUGGUUUCAUGAUAAACGAAACCGGGUGGAAAAGAGAUAAGCGAUGCGUGUGUCAUCCGAGGAAAGAUGUAUGCAUUCAGGAUGAGCGAUGGGUCAGAGGAAAAGAAGGCAAAGGGUGUCCGAGAAUAUGUCGUGAAGGGUGGGCUUACCUUCGACGACUACGUCAACUGCAUGAAGGAUCCGGAAAAAAGGCACAUGAUGGAAAUGAACGGACUUCGGAGUUACCAUCAGACUAUGUACUCUGAGACCGUCAGCAAGGUCGGGUUAUCUGCGAACGACGACAAACGCGUGAUUUGUGAGGACGGAAUACACACAAUGGAAAUCGGACAUAAAAGCCUAAGGCAGUAGGGAUCCGGAACCGCUUACCGAUGGAAAGACUUCGAGAAGACUUCGGAAAGACUUCGGGAAGACUUCGGAAAGACCUUAGGAAGACUUUGGGAAGCAUGUCGCAGGCGCGCGGGGGGAAGACCUUAAGAAUACUUUGGGAAGACCUUAGGAAGCUUUUGGAAGACUUUAGGAAGACCCCGGGAAAACUCUAACAAGCGCGCGGGGCGGAGGUCUGGGGGCAGAGGGUGCGCGAGAGGAGGAAGAGAUUUCGGAAGACGGAGGAUUCCGAGAGUGGCGCAAGGGAUAGUGGGGCUUUUUAGGAAAUCGGAAGUGACGUCAUAGAAACCGAAAGUGACGUCACAGUUUUUCAGGGAAAACGGAAUUCUAUGAAGUAAAUUGGGAAAAGGGAAUUCCCCUUUUGGGCAUGCCUGGACAAGCCUGAUUUGCCGCAAACUGGGCGCAAUUGCGAAAAGGGUCCAGAACCCGUCAUUAUACACUACUGGCGGGCUGUCAUGAAUAGCGAACACUGAUUGGUCAAAUUUAAAAUUUGCAUUAUAACGACUGCAUGACGACAGCGAAAUAGCAAACAUUUCUUGAUUUGAUGAUUUCUUGCAAAUGUUUCAUUCAGUUGCAAGAUUUUGUGAAUUUCAAAAGCUUUCUAAGAAAAUAGAGGCGAAAGAAUUGCUAUAAAAGAAGGGAGUGAAGUCGCCGACGUUAACGAAGGUAGGUUUGUUUUAAAAAUUGAUGUAUUGUUCGCUUUAUAAUAGCUUUAAAGGCUGAUCGUUAGGUAUAUUUUAAAUGAAAUAGACAACAUACAAUUUCAGUGCUUCUUUAUUGAUUACCCUUUUUUAUUAUAUUAGAAUUUUUAAAUAAAAAAGAAAGCAAAGUUGUUUGAAUGCGAGAAUUUGAAAUCAUUUUAUAAUUUCAAACUCAAAGUUUAUCGAUAACGGCAGUUUAGUUUUAUAAAGAACAUUUUAAAACGUCUUGCGAAGCGUUUGAGUUUGAAAAUUACCUUAAAUUGAAGCUUAUAUUACGUAUAAUAAUAUACCUAACAUAUAUAAGUACUAACGGCAAAAAAAUUUUGGACAUUUGCCUAUUAAACCAGCGGUAAAUGGUUGCAAAACGCCAAAAUCAUGAACAAAACUGUAUAUUAAAGAUUAUUUUUAUUGCUUUUCUGAAAUGUAGGAACGGAUACAUAAAAUAUGUCCAUAAUUUUAUCUAUAAAGGUCAAAAUUUGCCGGAAAAUGAAGAAUAUUUCACGUUUCCAUCAACCUUCAUCAUCUCCAAUUCGGCUUUCUCUGAGGCAAAUCAACAACAGCCCAACUUUUACAAGUACUACAAGAGAUCGGUGAAAAGCUUGACAAGAGAGUUCAAACCGACAUCAUCUACCUUGACUUUGCAAAGGCUUUUGAUAGAGUUGAUCAUCGUUUGCUUGUAAAAAAGUUAAAGAAAUUCGGGAUUGGUGGGACUUUGUUGAAAUGGUUUGAAGACUACUUAACCAAUCGUCACCAAAGAGUAACUGUCCUUGGAAAAACUUCACAUUCUCUCCCAGCACUUUCUGGCGUGUCCUUUACUGUUUGUUAUUUACGUGAACGAUCUUCCGCAGGAAACAUCUACAUCGUCUAUUGCUUUGUAUGCUGAUGAUACUAAAUGCUAUCGUCCAGUUAGAUCACAAAAGGAUGAACAAUAUCUUCAAAAAGACCUUGAUGGUAUGAACAAUUGGUGUGAAUCGUGGCGGAUGGAUCUGAAUCAAUCGAAAUGUGAAGUUCUUUCGGUGACCAGAAAUGUGAAGCUAGUGCCGUCGAGCUACCACCUUAAGUACGACACUCCCAUCAAGAGAACCAAUGCCCAGAAAGACCUUGGAGUGAUCAUCACAUCCGAUCUGAAAUGGAACCAGCACGUGUCCAUGGUAUGUGCCAAAGCAAACAAAAUGCUCGGCUUCAUUAAAAGAUCAUCAAUGGACAUUCGCAACGAGAAAACCCGCCUUGCGCUUUACAAGACAAUGGUGCGAAGCCAGAUGGCAUAUUGGACACAAAUUUGGUCACCACAGUCGGUAUCACUUAUCCUUCAAGUAGAAAACGUGCAACGUCGCGCCACCAGAUACAUUUUAUCACUGCCAUUCUUGUCAGGAGUAUCAUACAAAGAUAGACUUGUCAAAAGUGGUUUACUACCAUUAACAUACUGGCAUGAAUUCCUGGAUAUGGUCUACCUUUACAAAGCGUUAGUUCUAUCUAAUGACCAUAAUAUCCAUGCAAAGACAACAGAUCGGUUGACGAGAAAAAAUGAUGGAACCGCAAAAAUUAUAUUGCAAGUUCCUAGAGUAAACACUUUAACAUUUCAGAACAGUUAUUACUGCAGAUCACCCAGGACUUUUAACUGUUUACCAUUACACUUACGGCAGUCAAAUCUCUCAAUCAGUCAAUUUAAAUGCGGCCUAUUUAAAUAUUACCAAAACUUGUUGAAGAGGUCUACGACAGUGAUGUUCCACAAACGUUUAAAACAGUGUGUGUAAAGUGUCAUUUGUGUCGUCCCUUGUCCAGUCUUUCUGUCAAACUGUGUUGUCAUUAGUUGCUGUUAACCCAGUGGAAAUAUCACUUUGUUAGUGAGCAUGUGAAAUUUAAAUUAAAAUCCUUUUUUCGAUCCACAUGAUUAGAAUUGCUCAGGACCACAUUGAAUCAAACGUCUCAGUGAUUAGCGAUUUUGAAGCGAUAUAUCUACUGUGUUAACUUAUAUUUCAGUAUUGCAUUAGCAGGUUACCCGUAAAGGAGCAACUAGCUCUGUGGGUUAAACCGGCUAUGUGACAAAGAUUGUAAAAAAAAAUAUAUGCUAACUGUAAUCCGAUAGAAUAAAUCCGUAUGUUGUAACGCGAAAUAGGUGCGCGGUCAGACAAAAAAGCGGCAUGUCCCAAUCGGAGCAGGCGUAGUCUCAAAUGUAGGAGCAAUAUGUACUACUUUGUAUAUGGGCAAUUUAUUGGCAUAGUUGGGGAAUUGAUAAUUUUGUAAUUAAAAGUGAUAUUUCUAGGGGAUUUUUGACAUUUUUCAUUUGUAAAAAAAUUCUUAACACAAUUAUCGUGUUACCAUCACAACUACUUUAAAUACUUCAUGUUCGGAAAAUACAAUGCAUGGUUUUGUCACCAAGGCGAGAGGUUUCUGCAUGCAUGUAUUUUCUAGUUUAAAUUCAGGACACUUUUGUACCCCUCCCUUGUUAGUAUUCCAGGACUACACCACUGCCAGUCUUGCCACCAUAAUUUCGUAGAUAAUGAAAAGUAAUUGUUUUAGAUAUUACCUUGGAUCCGUCGGAAAUUAUGCUCUUUUCAAAAACCACAAACUGUUUGCAGAUUAAUUUGAUCACUGUAACUUGAGACAAGCUAUUUAGGCUUGUGCAAAUUCUCAAUUAUUUCAAAAUAUUCCUAGGAUGGAUAAUAACUAUGAACACAAAAGUUCAUCGAAAAGAUAAAGCUAACUUCAUAUCUAAACUCACGUUUUGGUGGAUUGUUGACCUUUUGUGGAGAGGAAGAUUAAGGCCAAUUGAUCAAGAUGAUCUUGAUCCUGUCAGAGAAGAAGACUACUCGGAGUAUCGAACCGAACUGUUGGAGAAGACUUGGCGAAAUGAAAAAAUCUCAGCAAAUAAAGCAAAGAGAAAACCUAAACUUUGGAAAGCAAUGCUGAAAUGUUUCUCGUGGAAAGAAUAUGGACUUUUAUGUUUAUCGUGUUUCUCUACAAACACGGGAAAUAUUUUGUUUCGCUAUUCUACUCUAAAAUUAAUUCAUUCUUUGUGGAGUAUUACUGCAGACGGUCUGCAGUCCAGAAACCAAUAUCUUAUCAACGUAUGGGGCAUGAUUAUUGGAUCUUUACUUACAAAUUUUGGCAUUCGACAUUUCAAUUUAAUCACGCCCAUUUUAGGAAUAAAAUCCAGAGCAGCCGUUGUUGGCCUGAUUUAUAAAAAGGUAAGCAUCUUCAUCACUCUAUGAUUAACGACGCAGCAGAGCAAGUAUAUUCUCACAUUGUAACUUGCAGGGAGAAUUUAAUUAAUCCCCAACACAACGCUUGGGAUGUUAAUUCCGCCGGCUAUGUUCACCGCAGCGGUCCAUUAUUUCUCCCGUAAUGACAGGCGGUCCAAUUACGUAAAAACAAACGCAUGGAUUUUAAAAUAAGACAGCAAAACUAAUUGAAAAUUGUCAUUUAACUUGUUAUUAAUAAAAUAUCUGCGAAUGGUUUCUAGUGGAAAAGAAGGAACAGAUUGUCAUUUUUUUUUCGACCAAAUGUGUACCACGCUACCAAUAUGCAUUUCAAAUCAUGCAUUUCUUGUUUGUUUCAAGUAUAAAUUCCUAUAAAUGCCAAAAAAUAAACUUUUUCUUUACCUCGCUUGCUUGUUAUGUACAGAGAGCUAUUGGACCUCGGACUUUUUGUACAAACCUCGCCCUACUGGCUCGGUCUGUACAAAAAAGACCUCGGUCCGAUAUUUCUCAAUACAAACCUCACGUUGGGUUAAUAAGAAGUUAGUCAUCGCGCAUUAUACAAAUAAUGAAUGCUAAUGAGUGAAAAGUUAAAAAUAUUUUGACGAUGUGAAAGAUGGAAUUUUCCAUUCCACGGAAGGAAUGGAAAAUUUCAUAUUUCACCGAAUAAAAAUAUUUUUACUAUGCCUUUAAAAUAAAAACAUUAAUUACUUGUUUUAUACAGGGUCCCUAAAAAAAACGCUAUGGAAUUUUAACAGGCUGUCGGGCAUCAUAAACAUGGCUACACAUUUAAAUUUUUACAUACAACGAAAGAACAGUUAGUUAGCUUUUCAAUGAUACACUUGUUAAAUCGUAACGAUGAGAAAUGGUCACAUACUCGUCAAAUAAAAAUUGCCGGUAGAUAUCGCAUUCUUCCACCGUUGAGAAUUGCAUGGAUAACGAAACAUAAACUAUUCCCAAGAGGGAAGUAAAAUUGAAUGUUAAAUGAUCUAAAAUGAGCUCCAUUCGUCAAUCUUCAUCUUAGCCAGACAAUAACUCAAUAAGAACGUCAUUAAGAGAACAUUCGUAAUCAAAACGUUUUACGAAACAAAUAGCUUGCAGCAGACUCGCGUUGCUUUUGGAUUGACUAACUUUGCAUAAUUACUGUAAUUUCAAUUCCCAACGGUGGAAGAAAGAGAUUUCGACCGGCAAUUUUUAUUUGACAAAUAUAUGUGGCCAUUUCUCAUCGUUAGGGACCGAUCAUUAUUUAUGGCGGGGGGUGGCACCGAAGAGAAAUGUUUUUCGUGGCAAAAUUUUUGCCGCCCCAACCAUUAAAAAGUAAAAGAAAUUAAUUACCCAACCUCAAAUAGCAAUUAAAAAAUAUAUACUCACCCCUGGCCAAAAAAUAUACAAAAGGUACCAUUCAGUUGUCACAUAUGUCCUUUACCACUUCUGUGACAUAAUUUGAUAACAUAUUUUAUAAUAUAGCAUUUGUAAAUUCUGAAUGCUGAUUGGCUAAGAGCCGUGUUGAUAUAACUCAAUGUCAACACAGAAAUGUCGGAAAAUUUCUUUCUUUAUAUUUCUAUGUACUAUAUUUUUUCGGGCGUCGUGUUUCCACACAAUUAAUUUCUCGUUUUCCCAAUUUCCACUCGUGUUGAUAUAAAAGACCCAUAGGUCCCAUACUCGACUAGCAACAUAAUCAGGUUGGUUAUAUUAAUUCAUUAUAUAUGAUCAAUGUUAAAGGCAAGGUGGACUACAAGCUAUAGUCAUUUGUAUGGUUUAUAGAAGGCUAAUUGCUGUGAAUAAAUUGAAUAAUGAAUGUAGCACAAUAUUAAAUAGUUGCAUGAUGACGUCAAAGAGACUAGUCAGACUACAUUUGCAAGUUUUGCAACUCUCAUCGCGUAAAUUCCCCAUACCUGAAUACAAAAUAAACAGUAAACAACAAUUACCUUUUACAUACCAUACAUAAAACGGAGUUUUCUUCCUUUUUUAGAAACUCACUUCCUUAACUUUUGAGCGCAAAUGUAAUGUACUAAUGUAUUAAAAAUUUUAAAUUGUAUGUCAUAUUUACAGCGGUUAAUACCAUUAAUAUAUCGCGGGCGCAAUACGAAAUACGAGAAUUUUAAAAUGUUAAGUUUUGAUUUGCAAAUAAAUAAAUAAUAUUUGAUGUCAUAAAAAUUUUAAAAUUUAACUCAACACAAACUGGUAAGGUCAUGACAUGUAUAAUUUACUUAUAUGUUUUAUAUUGCAAUUCCUUUGAAAAUUGUUUGUAAUUGCAUAUGAUGUUGUCAUGUAUUAUAGUUGUGUCAUGAAUUUAAUAAUACCUCAAUGGCUUUGAAAUAGACAAUGGAUGAAAAAAGUCAUGAAUAUUUAGCUUAUUUACCCUUUAAACACUUGAUCGUCAUGCGCAUACAGUGUAUUGUUUGUUACCAGAACCCCCUCAAGCAGACUUCGACUUUUCUUGUCAAAUUGUAUAUUUUGCUUCAUACACUGCACAUGUGUGUAUUUGUGGGAACACUCAUGUUUAGAUGCUUGGGAUAAGUUAAUGGUAAUUUCACUGGAGUCAUCAGGGAUAUAGUUGUAUAUAUUCCUGAAAUUACCUCUAAACACCUAAAACAGCAUUCCCUAAAAUUUUAAUUGUUUUCUUAAGUCACCCUGCAUAUCGCUCAAACACGCAUUGCUUAAAAAUUGCAGAUUUUGCUUAAAUCACAUACCUAAAAUUGCUUAUCUCGUUAUCACCCCAGAGUAGUAGGGCCUACUGUUGCCAUUGCUUUUUAGUCCCCAAUACUUCAGUGAGUCAUGCUUUGGAAAUGACAAUAAUUUUUUAUUACCCAACCCUUGAGUUGUUUUGUUUUUAAUUUAUCCAACCUUUUACUUACUCAAAAUUUAGUUUACCCAACACUUUUCACUUCGGUGCCACCCCCCACCAUAAAUAAUGAGAUACCCGGCAGCAAAGUUAGUCACAUCAAUAGGCUGUCUCAAUUACUUUUGGCUUUAGGCAUAUCUCAAUUACUUUUGGCCAUUGGAUGUCGGCGUACUGCAUGCACUCCUGUUUCUCUUCGCGGUUGUCCGGUCGACUUUUCGAAGGUUUGAGAUCAUCCGGGUGGCAACACAGGGUGAGACCGCUUCCUUCCUGUUGUACUGUGACUAUGUUUCCCUCCCUGUUCAUAUCAAUGAUCUUGAACGCUUCCUGGAGGAAGAGAGUGUCAAACUUUCUUGAUUUAUUGUAGUUUCUGAUCAGCACAUUGUCGCCGAUUAUGAAAUGAGAUUUCUUCCGGUACUUGGAGCCAUUUAUGUAAAAAUUGUUUAGCUACGUUUAUGAUGCACGACAGCCUAUUGAAUUUCCAUAGCGUUUUUUUAGACACCCUGUAGAACACCAAUAUCGAUCAAUGUUAUCGACUGUUUAAUGAAUUAAGUACAGAACAAAUACAUAUGUACCUGCCCUGCAUAUUGUACAAUGUUUAAUGUAAAUAUAAAUCCGACAAAUAUAACAAAAAAAAAAUUGAAUAGAGAGUUUGUGGCAAAUUUCGAAAUGUUGUCUAAAUUUUAAUUAAUUAGAAUAUUGCAGAUAGCUUUGGAGCAUUCUGAAGAGAUUGUUAAAUAACAAAAACGUCAUAACAUUUUAGAUAGCAUGCAACGACUCAGCCGCAUUUGCACCACAAAACUAUAUAUUCAGUCAUUCUUACAUGCAUGUACAGCCAGGAAAGAGAUUUCGAUGAAUUGGAAACAAUAUCUCCGUCGUGGAAUUAGUCCCUCUCUACCUUUUUGGAUGCUAUAGAAUUAAAAAAACGUAUACCUUAAUUUUCUUACAGGUGUUGACAUACAGUAAAACAACGAUAAACGCGGGUGAAAUAAUGGAAUUGGUAUGCAAUGAUACACAAUGUUUAGUCACAAUGGCGGACAGAGCAUUGCCAUUUUUGAUUCGGAAAAUUAUUUCCGCUGUCACAUACAUCAGUUGGAUUUUAUUGUUAUAUGGGUGGACAAUCGUUCCUGGCCUCUUUGUGUUUUUUGUUGUUUCCUUGUUUCGUAUUUCAGUGACAAGACUUGAUCUUAAAUUACGACAAAAUGCUUCACGCGCGGCAGAGGAACGCCUUGGAUACCUUCGAGAAGUGAUGACAAGCAUUCAUUCUAUGAAACUUAAUUGUUUGGAACAUAUCUACGAGAACAAGAUUAAAAACGCAAGAUGGUAA